CCUCGCGCAUCAUCUCGAGAUUAUUCUUUAUCGAGGUCGUCUCGUCGAGGGUGUGCUGUCGAUGUUUCCAUGAUAUUCGUACACGUGUGAUAUUGGGAUACCGAUAAUAGUCAUAAUACGGUGAACCACAUGCAACAAUUUGUGUUGGGAACGAACGCCUAGUUAUAUUUAGUCUGCCAAGACUUGAUUGGAUCUAAAUUUUAGGCCUCUGUUCUUUGUCAGAUAAGACUAGGAAGAGAUCAAAAUGGAUCCAGGACAACUACAGUUGCUGAAGGAAUUCGUGACUGUCUGUAAGGCAAAUCCUGACGUUUUACAUUCCAAACCUCUCGAGUUUUACAAGGAAUGGUUGGAGAGCCUUGGUGCCAAGCUGCCAGAGCCCAAAGAGACGGAGAGCAAACCAGAGCCUGAACCUUCUGCUCAGGCUCCCCCAUCACCAGAGCCAGCACAGGAACCAACACCUGAACCAGAACCUAUGGAACCAGAGAGUGAAGAAAGUGAUCUUGAACUUGAUGAAGAUGGUGUGAUUGAACCAGACAUGGAUGAGCCUCAAGAGAUGGGAGAUACAAGUCUUGAAGUUACAGAUGAAAUGCAAGAGGAAGCUAUCCAAAAGAAGUCUGAGGCAAUGGUUGCCAUGUCAGAUGGAAACUUGGAAGAAGCCGUCCAGCUUUUCACUCAAGCUAUAUUGCGCAAUCCACGUUCAGCUUUGUUCCAUGCUAAGAGAGCAAGCUGCUAUGUCCGUCUAAAGAAGCCCAAUGCAGCUAUCCGUGACUGUAACAAAGGACAAGAUCUUAACCCUGACUCUGCCCAGGUUUACAAGUGGAGGGGUAAAGCCCAUCGAAUGCUGGGCCAUUGGGAAGAGGCUUUUAAGGACCUACAGAUGGCUUGCAAGCUGGACUUUGAUGAAUCUGCUUAUGAGAUGCUGAAAGAAGUAGAGCCAAAUGCCAAAAAGAUUGCAGAACAUAAGAGGAAGUAUGAGAGAAAACAAGAAGACAAAGAAAUCAAGGCGAAGAAGGAAAGGAUCAGAUUGGCAAAAUUAGCCCAAGAGAAAGCAAGAAAGGAAGAUGAAGAGAGGAGAAAGCAAGAAGCUGAAUCAGGAUUUCCUGGUGGUUUUCCUGGUGGGUUUCCAGGGGGUAUGCCUGGUGGCUUCCCAGGGGGAUUCCCCGGUGGUAUGCCAGGGGGAUUCCCUGGUGGUAUGCCAGGUGGUAUGCCUGGUGGUAUGCCAGGGGGAUUUCCCGGUGGUAUGCCUGGUGGCAUGGGAGGAGGCAUGCCUGAUAUCGGUGGCAUCAUGUCCGACCCUGAGAUUAUUACUGCCCUGCAGGAUCCAGAAGUCCAAGAAGCCUUUGCAGAGAUCAGCAGCGACCCUUCAAACAUUGCCAAGUAUAAAGACAAUCCUAAGAUCACCAGACUCAUUGCUAAGAUGCAAUCAAAGGUUCCAAGAGGACCGGGUGGUCCUGGAGCAGGAGGGCCUGGACCUGCAGGAGGACCCCCACCAUCAACCCCACCCUCCUCUGGAGGAGCUCAAGGAGAACCAUCAGCACCAGGAGCCAGCACUCAAGAUAUUGAUUGAGGUCUCACUGAUUCCUGAUACAUUUAAUUUGCCCUAAGUUAGCAAAAGGAACUAAUUGACAUGGAAUUAUUUGUUAGAGUAAUAUUCAUUUGUCCUUACAAAAUGCAAUACUAAAAUGUUUUGCCUAGCAAACAUUCACCUCUGGUUGUGAUAAAAUUAAGCAU